UUGUCCAACUUUAUUAUAUUACACUUUCAACUAUGUAAUCACCUAACUCAUGAUAAUAAUUGUAUAUGUAAACAAAUUAUGCCAUUAAACGUAAUUUUGCACUGUUAGAAACGUCUAUACUUAAGACUUAUAUCAUAUAACUUAAAUUACAGAUGGAUUGGUCUGCAGUAAGAAAUCAUUUCAAACAAACGUGGCUUACAACAAUUCUUAGUCUUAUAUUAUUUACUGGUGUUACUUAUUUUUUAAUUUGGGCAGAGAGCCAAACCAUUCAAAGUAAUUUGAUGCUUGAUGAGUUGAUUGCUGGAGCAGAGAGUAUUGAUGUUCAUACAGGAGAUGAGGCAGCUAGGUAUGAAGGCCGUAUCGUUCACAUUGUUGGGCCUCUACGCAUACUCGAGCCUAUAUCAGAACCAGACUACAAUAUACAAGUACUAGCAGUUAAACUUAGGAAAAGAGUACAGAUGUACCAAUGGAUUGAAGAAACUACGGACAAAGAAAAUUUUCUAUCUGAGCCAGGAGACGAAUCACAGAAAACAUAUUGGUAUCAUAAAGACUGGAGAGAUUUUAUUGUGGAUUCCUCAUUAUUUUACAUAAGGCCAGGUCAUCACAAUCCAACUUCUAUGCCAAUGUUCAGUGAAACACACAUUGCUGAAAAUGUUAAAAUUGGAUGGUUGUACUUGGGCAUAGAUGUCAAACGUAAAGUUAAUGACUAUUAUGAGAUAUGGUCCGACUCUAGGCCUGAGCGCACUGACAUUAAAUUGCACUCUGGAUUCUACUAUCAUGGGGAUAGUGCGCUUGAACAUCAAGUUGGGGAUCUCAGAAUCCAUUUUUCAUAUGCUGGACGUGAGGAUGAUAUUUAUACAGCAGUGGGUGUUGUAGAGCAAGGUGUUCUUCAAGCAUAUAGUCCAUCAACUUUCCCAACUGCAGAUCCCAUAUCUUUACUUCGGAAAGGUUCUUAUAGUUUAAAACAACUCCAUGACUUAGAACGUCGCGACGCCAAUAUACACACAUGGAAGUACAGAUUGUUGGGUUUUGUCCAAGUAUUUGCUUCUGCAAUGACACUGCACCCAGAAUGGGUAACAUUAUUUCUACAAUGCCAGUGGAUAUCGAGUAGUUUGAGAAGGUGCACCAGAGUUUGGGUCAAUUUUAUGCUAUCAUUUUCUUAUACACUCUUUGUAAUAUCAGUUCCAUGGUUGUUACAUAAACCGACAUUCGGCGCUAUGGUGUUGGGGGGAGCAGUUCUUCCUAUACUGCAUUAUUCAACUUUGCUAACGAGACGGGAAGCCACGCCAGAACCACCCCCAUAUGCACGUUGGAAUGAUAAUAUGCGUUGAAAACUGGCAGAAUAUUUAAUAAUUCCUGAUAUGUAAUUAUUAAAGAGGUUUAACACCUAUUCAUGUGUCAAGAAGAAGUUCCUUUGCAAUCCAAAAAGUUUGUAUAGAAGGAUUAAUAUGAAGAAUCCCUGAAGAGACGCACAAGUUAGAAAUAAGUUAUGAUUUUAUAUGUCAAUCAAUACUGCUUUAUGUCGAGUUUUAAAACUGAUUAAGACUGUCCUUUUGAGAGAAGUUUUUUUGUGAUAUUUUUGAUACUCCUGCUGAUGUUGUAACUUUUGAUGAUAACAUUAAACUGACAUACUGUUAAUAUUUUGUACAAUAAAACACUAUUAACUCGAAGCGCGGCAAAUCAGAUUUAUUCAAGUAUCGCAGCGUCCAAUGAUCAGCGUGACGUUUAACUGUAACGGCGUUGUAUUAUACGCCUUAUGAUUAUUCAAAUAAGACUGAUUAUAAUUUUUAAUCAUAUGUUCGGUCAUCAUCGGUACGGUAGCUCCAAUUGUGUUGAAUAGUGCAUUCAAUGUGAAGCCAAUCGAGUUACGCGAUAAACCUGUCGGUAUGUGUAAACGGCGAUAAUAGUAUCGAUCAGUGUUUCCCAUAUGCCGAGUAGCGACCCAGUAUCGGGCCAUCAAAAUAAAAUAUAAGCAUUAGUUCAUCAAGCAAUAACUUUUUCAAUGCCUUUUGUCACAA